AUGCCUCUUGACAAGAAGAGGUCACUACCGACGCUUCUUGGGAGAGUCAACAAGACUCCUCUCACAAGCGUAGUCAGUGCUGUUACUGCCGAAGGGCAAAGUUUUGAAAAGACCUUCCCAAUCACUACUGCUACCGCCAGUCUCGAGGGAACAGCUACAGCGGUGUCUAUCAUGAGUCAAGAGACAACCUACUUCCUGGUUCCAGCAUCGGGAGGUUUGUGCAUCCGACCACAAAACAAUAGCGUCUACACGUGCAAUGUCGAAGGCAAAGAGGACCAGCAAUGGACCGCUGAGAAAGGUGAAGGAGACAAGAUUGCUUUCCGCAACGCCACUGGAAAGCAGUAUCUUCGAGCAAAGAGCGGCAACAACAGUGGUCAGGUUGUACUUGGCCAGAGGCAGUGGUGGAAGCUAGAAAACAGCAAGACACCAGGGGCCUUCUGGAUCAAGAACGAAGACUUUCCCAAAUCGUAUCUUUGCAACUCGUACGGAAGAGUCACGCCCAACAACCUCAUAUACAUGUGGGCACCAGAGCCUUACUGGACGCAGACGAUGCUGUGGUACAUCCGCGAUGUAGAAUCAUGGAAGUCGCAGAAUGGAUCGUCUCCAGAUCUCGCCUUUGCUGAGGGAAGCACAAAUCCUGCUUCUGCGAAAGCUUCGCAGGAGAAAGAGGCUGAACUCCUCGAAUGGCAGAAGCGGAACGAGGCACGGCAGGCAGCACAAGAUGAGAAGGAGAUGUCACUUGAUGCACAGGAACGGGACCAGAAGAAGACGCAGCAAGAGCACGAUGCACAGGCAAAGGCCUUAGAGGCGAAGCAUAAAGAGCUCGAGCAGCGGGAGAAUGCAAUAUCUGCACGGGAAGAGAAACCCGAGAAGAAAGAGACGGAUGCAUCCAGCAAGUCGAGCACCGAUGGCGAGAGCUUGUAUCCCAGGAUAGCGCAGUUGCAACAGCAAUUGAGCGAUGUUCAAGCAGCUUUGGCACAGUCACAGACGAAGGAGCGCCAGGCCAACGAAAGAGAACGAAAGGCCUCCGAAGUGUACGAACGACUACGGCAGAGCAAGUCUGGCCCAGCAGCCGUCACGGACGAGGAGCCACAUAGAACACAUACCGACGAUUCUGUGGUUGCGCAUAGGCUACGACCGCUCUUUGACAGGGCCGAUGGCGACACAUUCGGAGCUCUGAGGGAUGGAAAAAUAAGUGGGCAUGGACUUCAGCCGCUUUUCGAGCGUACGCGGCCGACGCCAUCGAUAGCGCUACGAGAUGGCAGUAUCAGUGCUCACAGGCUGCAGCCAUUCUUUGAGAGACCAGUCUGCGGACACUGCCGGAUGUCGCAUGUCGUUGGGGAGCCUUGA